AAAAAAGUUGCGUACGAUUUUUGAUCGUUCACCGUGAGUCCGUGAAUUAGCAUUCGUGAUUUGCUAAAUAUUCUACUGCUGAGCUUCUCGCUAGGUGGCAUUCGAUUUCCUUGAAAUGAAAUUGUAAACAAACGAAAAAGACACACCAUUUGAACUUUGAAGUUUGGUUUUUCAUUUUUAUUAAGUGAGAAGUUUCAGUUUUCACAUCUGGGUAAUUGCCAUAAUUUUUCAAACAAUUCAAUAUUCUAGAACUUCAUGGCAAAGAAUCAUUUCUACUUGUGUAUUCAUUGUGGCGCUCGAAAUGAAGCCUUGUUUCGAGUAUUUACUAAAAGUGCAUUAACCUUGCAAACUUGUGUAGGAUGAUUGCAAUAUGAUUAUUGAUAAGUAUGUUGAAUAUGACUUCACAACAAUCUUUAUUGACAUAUUGUUACUUAAAUUAUCUGCAUACAGACAUGUUUUGUAUAACUCCAACACAAAGUCUUAUCUAUCAAGACUUGUGGCACUCACACUACUUUCCUUUAGCUAUGUUGAAUGGGUGCAUCAGAAAGGCAAAAAGGAGCACAGAUCUGAACCCAUUUUCUAUGAACUUGAAUGGGGGUAUUAUCUUAUCAUUGGCCAGGAAUUUAUCAAAGCUGCUUUGUUUUCACUUACUUUCCUGCUCUUUGGAUUCAUCUCCUCAAAGUUAAUCAUGCAACAGGAACUCUUUUCUUGUAAACAUAUGCUGCAUGGAAUGGCCAUGAGCUACUGUUGGAACCUUGUAACUAUUCCUUCAUUAGUAUGGAACCACUAUUCAACUUACCAUAUUUUAAGCCAAAUAGCACUUUUAAUAAGCUGCAACCACACAUUUCAUGUUUGUAUCUGUCCAAGUUACAUGUUAUCCAUUAUCACGAUUGUGUGUGCUUGGGGAGUCCAGUGGAUUGCAGCGCACGGGUUACAACGUAUGCAUUUGUUUUCGUAAAAUUUAAUAAAAACAAAAAAAAUUGUAUUUUACCCAAUAAAGUAUAUUUAACACGA